CUUUGCUCUUCUUGUCAUCUCGUCCCCAAAAACCAAAACACAAACAAACUCUUUCAGAAAAUUAAUUUCAGUAUCACAAGCAUCACUUAGAGCUUAAAAAAGAAAUUUUAGUCCGAUCGAGUUCUUGGUUAACUCGGUCUUUGCUAGCUCUUUGAGAGAGACUAAGAUCAAAUUCAGGCUGUCACACAUGGCUUCGUCUUUGGAUGCAAUCCGUAAGGCUCAGAGAGCAGAAGGUCCAGCCACCAUUUUAGCCAUUGGCACAGCCACUCCCUCCAACUGUGUCUCUCAGGCUGACUAUCCAGAUUAUUACUUCCGAAUCACCAAGAGCGAGCACAUGACCGAGUUGAAGGAGAAGUUCAAACGCAUGUGUGACAAAUCGAUGAUAAAGAAGCGUUAUAUGCACUUGAAUGAGGAGAUUUUGACUGAAAACCCAAAGAUGUGUGAGUACAUGGCUCCAUCACUUGACGCACGUCAAGAUAUAGUAGUGGUGGAGGUUCCAAAGUUGGGAAAAGAAGCAGCAACAAAGGCAAUCAAAGAGUGGGGGCAACCCAAAUCCAAGAUCACCCACCUUGUCUUCUGUACAACCUCAGGUGUAGACAUGCCUGGUGCAGAUUACCAACUCACCAAGCUCCUUGGCCUUCGACCCUCAGUGAAGAGGCUCAUGAUGUAUCAACAAGGUUGCUUUGCUGGUGGGACUGUGCUUCGUCUUGCUAAGGAUUUGGCUGAGAACAACAGGGGUGCUCGUGUUCUUGUGGUUUGCUCUGAGAUCACAGCAGUUACUUUUCGUGGACCUUCUGAUUCCCACUUGGACUCAUUGGUGGGUCAAGCACUUUUUGGCGACGGUGCAGCUGCUGUGAUUAUUGGGGCUGACCCAGAUACUAAAAUUGAGCGUCCCCUGUUUCAACUUGUGUCGGCUGCACAGACAAUUCUACCAGAUUCUGAUGGUGCAAUCGAUGGACAUUUACGUGAAGUGGGUCUCACUUUUCACUUGCUAAAAGAUGUACCUGGGAUUAUAUCAAAGAACAUAGAGAAAAGCUUGGUUGAAGCUUUUACUCCAAUUGGUAUAAGUGAUUGGAACUCUCUGUUCUGGAUUGCACACCCAGGUGGUCCUGCCAUUCUUGACCAGGUUGAGAUCAAGCUAGGACUCAAAGAAGAGAAACUUAGAUCGACCCGUCACGUUCUGAGUGAGUAUGGGAACAUGUCUAGUGCAUGUGUGUUGUUUAUAUUAGAUGAAAUGAGGAAGAGCUCUGCUGAAAAUGGAAAAGCCACCACAGGUGAAGGGUUGGAUUGGGGUGUUUUGUUUGGAUUUGGACCUGGUUUGACUGUCGAGACAGUUGUGUUACACAGUGUCCCCGUGGAAACCAGUCACUGAUGAUCGAUGAUGAAUAUCUGUGUGUGCUCGUGAUGAGUGAAAUUGAAAUUAUCUCGAUUGGGUUACAGGCAAAAAAAUUUGAUCACUUUCCAAUAAAGAGACCGUUACGCUGAUUGGUGCUCCUUAGUAAUAAUAUUCUUCUACUACAUUAUUGUUUGUAAUUUGUAUUAAUUGUUUAGCAUUUAAAAAAUACAAAUGGCCUCGUGACGGCUCAAUGGGUUGGUUCACGUUCUUUCAACAA